GGAGCGAGCGCCUGUCUCUUUAAAUGCCACGGGCUGCGCUCCCGCCCGGGAGCCCGGAGCCGGAUCUACAAUCCCGUCGCUCCCGCUCCAGCGCUUGUUGCUCGCCGGGGCCGAGCGGGAGCUGCGGCCGCGGGGAAGCCAAGCUGCCUCCCUCUUUUCUCCUCGCGCCCCACCUUCCCCGCCGAGAGCGGCUCGUGGGGGCCCAGCAGCGUCGGCAGGACCGAGGGGCCGCGGUGUAAGCCGGAUUGUCUCCCCCAGCUUCAAGUCUUGGGGCGCCACGCUGCCGCGGGAGUAGAGGGGGAGACAUGCAUCGUUACCCCCUGACCAGCCUCGCUGCCGUCCGCGCAGGGAGAGGAGGGGCUGCGGAGCCCACGCCUGCAAAGUCUUCCUAGAAGUCUCGGGGUGCAGCCGGGGGACCCCCUCCCCACGCGUCCCCCGGGGCCUCCACCUCCCGGCGGGUGAGUCGGCGGCGCAGGUGGAUUUACCCCCCUGUCCGGGGGGCCUGUGCCAAUGACCGUGGUGGUGGUUUCGCUUUCUCCCCUCGCGGCGCCGUGAACGAGUGUCCACACACAGCGUGAUGGGCAACCAGGUGGAGAAACUGACCCACCUGAGUUACAAGGAAGUUCCCACGGCCGACCCGACGGGCGUGGACCGGGACGAUGGGCCCCGCAUCGGAGUCUCGUACAUCUUCUCCAACGACGACGAGGACUUGGAAGCGCAGCCGCCGCCCCAAGGGCUGCCCGAGAGCGGCGGGUUGCCCGAGUCCGGCGGGGACGUGCCAGCCGUGCCCCCGCCGCUUCCCUACGACCCGCGGCAGCACGAGGUGGAGUGCUCGGUGUUCUACCGCGACGAGUGCAUCUACCAGAAGAGCUUCGCGCCGGGCUCGGCGGCGCUGAGCACCUACACGCCCGAGAACCUGCUCAACAAGUGCAGCCCGGGCGACCUGCUGGAGUUCGUGUCGCAGGCCCAGUACCCGCACUGGGCCGUGUACGUGGGCAAUUUCCAAGUGGUGCACCUGCACCGGCUGGAGGUGAGCAACAGCUUCCUGACGGACGCGAGCCAGGGCCGCCGCGGCCGCGUGGUCAACGACCUGUACCGCUACAAGCCGCUGAGCCCCGGCGCCGUGGUGCGCAACGCGCUGGCGCACGUGGGCGCCAAGGAGCGCGAGCUGAGCUGGCGCAACUCGGAGAGCUUCGCCGCCUGGUGCCGCUACGGCAAACGCGAGUUCAAGAUCGGCGGCGAGCUGCGCAUCGGCAAGCAGCCCUACCGCCUGCAGAUCCAGCUCUCGGCCCAGCGCAGCCACAUCCUCGAGUUCCAGAGCCUGGAGGACUUGAUCAUGGAGAAGCGCCGCAACGACCAGAUCGGACGCGCGGCCGUGCUGCAGGAGCUCGCCAUGCACCUGCACCCGGCGGAGCCGGACGAGGGCGACAGCGGCCUGGCUCGGACUACGCUGCCUCCCCGGCGCCCCCCUGCGCCCGGAUCGCAGGAAGAGGAUGGAGAAGCGGUGGUGCACUGACCACGCUGUGGGCCGCUGCCCCCUUCUUCCUCCUCCUCCUCUCCCUCCCCGCCUGCACCUUCUGGGCCGGUCUGAUGUUCCCCGGGCCCUUUGGAAAACCUUGGUGGAAUGCACAGCCUGCUGUGGACGGGGGAGGAGGAAGGGGACCAGAGGGAGCAGGAAUAAGACUUUAGAACUAUUUUGUACUGUGAAUUACAGAUGCUCUUUGAAGGAAAGAAUAUUGAUUCCAGUGUUGCUCCGAAGCUCUGGCAGGGAAAAGCAGAACACCGUCGCAAUGUAUACUAAAUGAAAGCAGACAAAUUCUAUUUUCUUACCUGAGCAAAUAUUUUAUUGAGACUGCUUAUGUUUGUCCAAGUAGCUCACGACGUCAGCUGCACAACUUUUUGUACUGAAAGAACUACUUUUUGUAGCUUUUAUCCCACAUUUAAUUUAAAGAAUGACUUUGUAGCACUAAAAUGCCUAGCAGAAGACUUUAUUCCAGACCUUGAAGAAAAGUUUUAGUUUUUAUGAAAAAUGGUUCAGUGGUUGAGCUCCUCAAAGCCUUGGUGCGCUGGCCCUUGCAGCACCGUUGGACAGAAGACCACCGCCACAUGGAAACCUAUUUUUUGGAAGCAAAACUUUAAUUUUAUAUGAUAUAUGCUAUGGAGAGCUUAAAGAAAUUAAGAACUACUUGUUUUCUAUUUUUUUCAUAAAAUUGGAUCCACUGUGUUGAAGACUCUUCACAUUCUGUCAUUAUGUAUUUGUCUAACCUUUUUUUGUUUUUUUUUUCUUUCUUUACAAAUCAGAAUAAGAUUAAGUGUGAUCAUGUUCACCAAAUGGAUUUGUUUGUAGAUUUAAUUUUUUUUUUUUUUAAUCAGGAUGACUAUAAACUUGACUGGUUCCUUAACUUUUCAUUGUGUUUUGUACUUGCUAUUAACUGGUGAUCUGUGGAGAAUUGCUAACAGGGGACAUUCCACAAGCAUUUCAUUUCCCAGUGACCUGUAUAAACUUUGUUUUUGUUGAAGGUUGUGCGUUAAAUCAAUGUCCUGUUCUGUUACCACUUCUUGAGAAGGAAGUUCUGAUUUGAAGUUGUUUCAUUUCCUUCAAAAUGAAGGGCAGUGCUUAGUUGAAUAAAAGAUUAAUGACAUCUUUUAAGCCA